GUUGAGUGGUUGCCAGGCAUCAGUGGAGCGGAGCGGAGCGUGAUCUAUGGGAUGCUUUUCCUGCUUUGCUUCCCUUCAGUGAGAUGAGGAAGGUGUUUCACCACGCUGAUCUCUCGGCCUGUCAGUGCACCUGAUGGCUUUCCCUCCUCUCAAGAGCAGAAUGUCAGCACCAGAAAUAUGGAUUUACUUUUGCAAAGGCCGUGAAAAAAUGAUGCUGAUAUGUUGGCUGGAGCCGAGAAGGUCUGGAGGAAGCUGAAAGAGGCCCUACCCUAUCUGGAGCGCCUGCAGUUGGAGCAGAAGUGGACUGAGUUGUUGAGUGUGGGCCAGGCCCUGGUGGAUGGACACUCAGGUGCUGUCCCAGACACCAACGUCUACCUGCUGCAGCUGCUGGACCUGCUGCUGGACGCCUGCAUCAGUCUGGGCCAGUACGACACGGCCCUGCAGUUUGGCACCAGGACCCUCCAGCCAUACAGACUCUACUACACUGACCCCCACCCAGCGUGCGGCGUCCAGCUGAUGAGGUUGGGGAAACUACAACACCUCCUGGGCAGAGUGGAGGAGGCACUGCAGUCCUUCCGACAGGCCUAUGAUAUUCUGAAGGUGACCCACGGGACAGAGCACACGCUGACUAAUGAACUGCAGGAGAAGCUGCUGGAAUGCCAGGCGGAUCUCAGCCGUGACUGAGCCAGAAGUGACCCGACAUGUUGACUCCUGAGAGCAGUGGGCAGAAACAGUGCUGUUCUGUGUGGUGGACAGAACUCCCUCCCUCGCCAGGGACCUCCAGCACACUUACCGCCGUGGAACGCACUAAGCCCACAAAAUACUCUUGUAUACCUGUAGUUCUGUAGUCAGUACUAUAAUUGGUUAUUAAUCACACCGAUAUGAAAGCCUACACAAUACUGUAUCUCUUGUAUACCUGUAGUUCUAAUAGUCAGUACUAUAAUUGGUUAUUAAUCACGCCGAUAUGAAAGCCUACACAAUA